AUGCACUAUCUUUGGAAGACAAUAUUUGUUAUCUUCCAGAGCACACUUGUAACCAUUUUAUUCAUCGAAUUAAUAAUUGGAAUUAUAGGAAAUGGGUUCAUGGCCCUGGUGCACUGCAUGGACUGGGUUAAGAGAAAGAGAAUGUCAUUAGGUAAUCAAAUCCUCACCGCUUUGGCAAUCUCCAGAAUGUUUCAUCUCUGUUUAUUGUUUAUAAAUUUAGUUAUCUUCUUUUCAUAUCCAGAUUCAACUAUGACUUCAAGAAUGAUACAUCUCACGAAUAAUGUUUGGAUUAUAGUCAACCAUAUCAGCAUCUGGCUUGCUACAUGCCUCAGUGUCCUUUAUUUUCUCAAGAUAUCCAAUUUUGCUAACUCUCUUUUCCUUUAUCUAAAGUGGCGAGUUGAAAAGGUAGUUUUAGUCACACUGUUAGUGUCAUUGGUCCUCUUGAUUUUAAAUAUUACACUAAUGAACUUAGAAAUUAACAUAUGUAUAAAUAAAUAUAAUAAAAACAUAUCUUGCAGCUUCAGUUCUCAUUACAAGCAAAAGUGUCAUAGGCAGAUGUUAAACAUUCACAUUAUUUUCUUGUCUGCCCCCUUUGUUUUGUCCCUGUCAACUUUUCUCCUGCUCAUCUUCUCCCUGUGGACACAUCACAAGAAUAUGCAGCAGCAUGUUCAGGGAAGCAGAGAUGCCAGCACAAUGGCUCACUUCAAAGCCUUGCAAAGUGUGAUUGUAUUUUUCCUACUAUACUUCGUUUUUAUUCUGUCUGUCUUAAUUCAAAUUUGGAACCAUGAAUUACUGAAGAAAAAUAUUUUCAAUGUAUUUUGUCAUGUUAUAUCUAUAGCUUUUCCUUCAUUCCAUUCAUAUGUCUUGAUUCUAGGUGACAUGAAGCUGAGACAGGCCUGUCUCUCUGUAUUGUGGUGGCUGAAAAUCAGGCGAAACUAUGUAGAAACUAUAGAUCUCUAA